AUGACUCGAUCGAGAUUUAAAAAUAUCUACAAUAAGCACCCUUCUAUUAAAAACUGGGAAAACUUUAAAAGGCAAAGAAACAAAUGUGUCACUGUUUGUAGAGACGCGAAAAGAAUUUAUUACACAUCACUAAAUAUGAACAACAUUUUUGAUAACAAAAAGUUCUGGAAAACUGUAAAGCCGAUAUUUUCCAACAAAUGUGUAAAAGAUACAGUCCAAGUAAUAGUUGAAAAUGAUCAAAUAAUUUGUGAAAAAGAACAUAUAGCAAAUAUAAUAAAUGAUCAUUUUGUUAAUGUCACGAAUUCUUUGAAUAUUGAUGGAAUUCCGCACGAAAACUAUAACGAUAUUAAAAACGAUAUUGAAAACGUCAUCAAGAAUUACGAACAGCAUCCAAGUAUAAUAUGGAUAAAGAAACAUGUUACCACUACCAACAAAAUGAGGUUCAAAUCAAUUGAAAUUGACAUCAUGAAAAAGUAUAUUGGUAACCUAAAAGAAAACAAAUCUGGUCCCAAAGGAGCAAUUCCACCAUGUUUCCUCAAAUAUUACGUCGAUGUAUACGGAGAACAUCUCAACAAGCUGUUUGAGAAAUCUAUUGUCGAUGAAGUUUUCCCUGGAGCAAUGAAAUUGGCUGAUAUUUGUCCACUAUUUAAAAACGGAGAUCGUUCAUCAAAAUUGAAUUAUCGUCCUGUUAGUAAACUGAGCAGUGCGUCAAAAAUUUUUGAACGUAUUAUGUUUGAUCAGAUUUAUGAAUUUAUUGAUAAUAAAUUAUCACCUCUUUUGUCAGGUUUUCGAAAGGGUUUUAGCAGCCAGCAUGUUUUGCUUCACAUGAUAGAAUCGUGGCGAAAAGAUCUCGAUAAAGGAAAUGCUGUAGGGGCGUUAUUGAUGGAUUUGAGUAAAGCAUUUGAUUGUGUGGAUCAUAAUCUGUUAAUAGCGAAACUACAUGCAUAUGGUUUCUCAAAAAGUGCUUUAGGUCUUUUAAGGAGUUUUCUCACCAAUCGGUUCCAAAGAGUCGGAAUUGAUGGCUAUUUCAGCUUGUGGAAAGAAAUUAUUAGUGGUGUUCCACAAGAUGACAAUACACUUUAUACAUAUGGAAAACAAUUUGAGGAGAUAAAGUUAUGUUUAGAAAGUGCUUUUUCAACUGUUAGCACAUGGUUUUCCAAUAAUGGGCUUCAGUUAAAUUCUGAGAAGCAACAUGUUCUUCCAUUAUGUAAGAAGGCUAAUGCCAAGAUCAAUGCCCUAAAACGUAUAUCACCAUAUAUGUCUAAUUAUAAGCGAAAUGUUAUUGCAAAUUCAUUUAUUUCUAGCAUAUUUAAUUACUGCCCUCUUAUAUGGGGAUUUUCAAGUAGAGAUCUACUACAUAAAGUUAAUAGCAUUCAUAGUAGAGCAAAUAGACUUUUAUGCGACAGAAUUGAAAAUGAAUGCAGAAUCAGUAUUCAUGAAAAGUUCUGCCGAAAAUUGUUAAAGGAGGUUUUUAAAACAAAAAUGAAACAGAAUCCAUCCUACAUGAAUGAUGUUUUUGUAUUCAAAAACACAGCAUAUAGUUUCCGUGCAUCAAGUUCUCUUGAAAGGUGCAGAACUCGCACCACAAAGCAUGGUCUAUUAAGCGUAUCUUAUAUUGCUUCUAAAUUAUGGGAGAAGCUUCCAAACUCUGUCCGAAAUGCCCCUUCGUUGUCUUUAUUCCAUCGCGGGCUAAACACCAUUCCGUUUAUUCAGUGCAGUUGUCGUCUCUGUGCCACAUAUAUUUGUAACGUAGGAUAUACGAAUUAA